AAUUCUUUCCAAGUUUGAUAACAGGACCGUGUGCUUGUUCUCUCGUAGCUAAGGCCUUUGGCGACUUGCACACAAUUAAAAGUAAUAUUUUACUGAAGAAAAAUGACUUCCAACGCUGAAUUAGCCUGCGUGUACUCCGCCCUCAUCCUCGCCGACGACGAUAUCGCCGUAACCGGUGAAAAGAUCCAAACCAUCUUGAAAGCCGCCAGCGUAGAUGUCGAGCCCUACUGGCCGGGCCUCUUCGCCAAAGCCUUGGAGGGAGUAAACAUUAAGGAACUGAUCACCAACAUUGGUUCUGGAGCCGGUGCUGCUCCGGCUGCCGCCGCCUCUGCGCCCGCGGGAGGCGCCGCCCCGGCCGCAGCUCCCGCCGCUGCAGAGAAAAAGAAGGAAGAGUCCGAGGAGGAAUCCGACGAUGACAUGGGUCUUGGCUUCUUUGACUAAGUUUUUUAAUGUUUUUAAUUUUAGUUUAAGACUAAAUAUAACGUUUUUAUAAAAACACA